AUCAGAGCGUCCAGCAGUGACGCCGAGAGUAAUCGUCGUCUGCAGGAGGUGACUCAAACCAAAGAGAAGGGGAAGGCGAGGGACGUGCAAACGACAGGGGCAGGAAGAGCUGUCCUGUGGGCAACCUCCCCUGCACAAACGCUUUUGGAGGGGCUAGUGGGAAACCGAAAUGACCGAGAUUUCCCUCGCUGCUUAGCCUGAAUCCCUGGAUACCCCAGAGCCUGGGACGCCAGGCAGGAGGAAGAGACAGCAGUGAGGGGGUUGUGCUCCUGGACCAGCCCUUUGCACAUCAGCCGGCCCAAGGCCAUUUCACUCUCCAUCAGGUUGUCCCCCAGUGCUGGGAGGUGAGCCAGCACGGCCUCUCACUGCAGUACGUGCCUCCUCUUGCCCCUGGGACGAGAUGGCCGCCCUCAUCGCCGAGAACUUCCGCUUCCUCUCCUUGUUCUUCAAGAGCAAAGAUGUGAUGAUCUUCAAUGGUCUGGUGGCCCUGGGCACAGUGGGGAGCGAGGAGCUCUUCUCCGUCGUUGCCUUCAACUGCCCCUGCUCCCCUGCCCGCAACUACAUCUAUGGGCUGGCUGCCAUCGGAGUCCCGGCCCUGGCCCUCUUCCUCAUCGGCGUCAUCUGGAACAACCACACCUGGAACCUGGUGGCCGAGUGCCACAAGCGUGGCACCAAGAACUUCUCUGCCGCUGCCACCUUCCUCCUCUUCGGCUCCAUCAUGGGCCGGGCGGCCGUGGCGCCCGUCACCUGGUCGGUCAUCUCGCUGCUGCGCGGGGAGGCCUACAUCUGCGCCCUCAGCGAGUUUGUCAAGCCAUCAUCCCUGGACAAGUUCCCAGCCGACUACGGGGCCGAUGUCCUGGCCAGGUUCCCCUGUAAAGACGUGCCGGCCAACCUCACCAAGUUCAGGGACGAGGUGACGCGGAGGCUGAGAUACGAGUCCCAGCUCUUCGGCUGGCUGCUCAUCGGCAUCGUGGCGGUCCUAGUUUUCCUCACCAAGUGCCUGAAGCACUGCUGCUCGCCGUUGAGCUACCGGCAGGAGGCUUACUGGGCCCAGUACCGCUCCAACGAGGCCAAGCUCUUCCGACGCACGGCCGAGGUCCACUCCCGGAUCCUGGCAGCCAAGAACGUGAAGCAAUUCUUUGGUUUCGUGGCGCUGGACAAGGAGGAGAAGGAGAUGGUGCAGGAGUUCCCAGUGGACGGUGUCCAGCCGAGCCCCCAGUGGAAUGCCAUCACAGGCGUCUACAUCUACCGGGAGAACAAGGGCUUCCCCCUCUACAGCCGGCUCCACAAAUGGGCCAAAGGGGUGGAAGGCAACGGGCCAAGCCCAGAAGGCCACGAAAUGCUCUUUUUGGCUUCCUAGGACAGAUGGGUGCCGGCAGCAGCUCCCCAGACUGCCUGGCAGGUCUACCAGUAUUGGUGCACGGCUGAGGGAUUCACUGGGAAUAUUCCUCCCAGCAGGAUUACUGCUUCUCAGCGGGUAAAUAGGGAUGGAACAGCCUCAAGGUAGAGACAGAUAAGCAAUACACUGAGCUGGGGAACCCCUCCCAUGGAGACAACCGUCUCCUCGCUGCUCCUAGAGAAGCAAGAGGAGCAAAGAGCAGAUACACACCUUACCUCCAGGCUGCCAGUGCACCCUGCCAUCUACUGCACCAGCAAAAGCCUUGGGGAGCAAGAGGUUGGGGCAUUUCUAACCGUGGUUCCUGUGGUCCCACUCGUCUCCCACACGGCAGGGUUAGCCCCAGCCAUCCCCCAAGCCUGCUUGUUUUAUUGACCUUGGUAUCUUCUCACGGAGUUGUGCGGUGCCUGUUAAGCAGGCAGGUCCCAGAGCACUUUAUGGAUUUUACAGGGCAGGGAAAAGAGGGAAGCAGUGGGUAAAUUCCUAAGGCAAGGGGGAUGCAAUAGCAACUGGGAAGGAAUGGGUCAAUAAUACCACGACACAGCGAGUAACUGAGAGACUAAGGCAGGAGGAAUCACCAAUAUUCCAAAGACGCUCCAAUCACCAAGUUGGAAUUUGGGUAGGACCCCAAACUCCCUUUGUUCUUACUGAAGUGCCUGAUGACCUCUAAUGAGCCCAAACGGUCGCAACCAUGAGUUUACAAACCCAGAAGAUGGCACCAUCAGCAGAAUAGCUUUUGGGCGAGGUGGCUCGGUGGAGCCACGCCACCCUCUGCAGUUCAUUGCAUUUCUCACCCAACCAUCGGACCAGAGUCCUGCUUGUUUGGGUUGCGAGUUGUGGCAAGACCUCAACCAAACUAGUUUUACAUAUUUGUAUACAUACACAGAGAGAGUGUAUAUACUAUAUAAUCCUAGUUAGUUAGCUGCAUUAAUGGAGCUAUCCCCCAAGGGAUGGGAAAGGGACGAGAAAGUUGCCAGCCAAAAGACCACAUUUCAUACCCCCCACUGGGACUGCAGCCCUAGAGUGACGGGGGACAGUAGGAAAGGGAUGUAGGGGAGCAGCCCCUCUCUACUCUUCUACCAGCAAAUUUUCUUAAACUCUUUCCACUGCCUUAAAUGGUCCCUACAGCAGAAGGUCCCCUUUAUGGACUCAGCCAUACUCUGAGAAAGCAAAGCCAGAAAGGUGUAAAAUCACUGCCCUCACCGUGACACUGUGCUUCAGGGCUGCUCUUCUCGACCCUUUUCUCCUGGGGGUCAGCCAGGAGAAAGCCCCCAACACCGUUUCAAGAGUUGGCAGGACAAUGACGUUUGGUUUUCCUACUUGUACUGUUUCUUUAUAGGUACAACUGCCUCUUACACCAUGCUGUUUACCAAAAAGCCUUAAAUUGUUCAAAAAAAGACUCGAACCCACCA